AUGCUGAUUCCACCCCAGCUCCGGCAGCUGGACCGCCGCCAGGACCCCGGCGACCCCAACAUCGGCGGCUGGCAACCGCGAGACUCGGAUAUUAAUACCAAUAAUGAUAACAACAGUACGAAUAGCGGUACUGGCCAAGGUAGUUCGGGUGCCGGUAAAAAUAAUGGCUUUAUUAUCGGCGGUGCCGUCGUUGUCUUCGUUGUAGCGCUUACGGUCAUGCUCUACUUCGUCCUGCGCGCCCUCCGUCGAAUGAAUUGUCGUCCGAAAUACAUCCCCGGGAAAUUUCUCAAGGAAAAAUGGCGCCGGUGGAACGUUGGCGCUUCGUACGGCCAGGUCCCAGAUGCGGCUUCAUCGAACCAGACGGCGAAUACCGCUCCCACCCAACGCACUGCCCGCGAAACUCAGAUGAAUUCGAAUGCCACCGUCCGUCGUGAUACUUCCAUCCGCUCAAUUAUCACCCUUCCCCCGUAUUCCUUUACCCCCAAGCCCGAAGAACAAGUGAUCGCCCGAGAAGGAGAACGAGAAGGAAUGGAUGUGGUGAUUGAAUUCCCUGAGACGGCGGAGGAAGAGGAGGCACGUCGGGAGGAGACUAUGGAAGGACUGUACCAGAUUCGGGUACAACGGCGGCAGGAGAUCGCCGAGCGGCAGGCUCGGCGCGAGGAGCGUCGUGUGGCCCGUGAACGUGGAGAUAUUAUCCGUUUAGAGCAACUCCGGACUGAAAGCAGAGCACGGGCACGAAGUCGCGCGUCUGCGAACGGGAGCAAUACGAAUGCUUCGGCUGCUGCCGCACUGGCGGAGCAUCAAAACCGAGGCCGUGACAGGCGGAUCUCGAGCGUCAGUUAUGCGGAAUUGGGCUAUGUGCGACACGAUGGGUCUCGUAUGCGAGCAAGCUCUCGCGACUCGGAUUCGCGGCCUCUCCUAAGCAACACCGAUGGAACGAGCACGGGCGGUCCUGACCGUUCCUCCGCAUUGAUAAGCGUACAUUCUAGGGGGGAAUCUUAUUCCUCCACCCUGUCCCUUGCGACGGGCGGCUCGGACGGAGAAAGCUUAACACCUGUUCAGUCUCACGCAACCUCUACGCAUUCAGUCGGCCGGUCCAAUGGGGAGCCGGAUGACGGCGAUAUGGGUUCCCAAGCCAUUCCUCCGCCACACUACGACCAUCUAGACUGGGGAGAUGCACCUCCUUAUGAAGCUACAGUCUCAACCCCCAACUCUAACAGCAGUGCACCUCAACUGCGUGAAUUGACGCCUAUCCCUAGCAUUCAGAUCGAUAUCGCUAGUCCGGUCAGCAAUACUCCCACAACCCCCACAAAUGCACAGCGGGAAGAGCACCCAGCGCACGAAUUACCUACGGAGCCUUCAUCCCAUUCGAAUACCAAGGAGAACUGUGCAUUAUCUUUUGACUUCUACUUUUCUUUCCCCUUUGCUCGCCCAUUUCUCGAAUCUUACGUGUCGUGCUCCCCCGACAUGUCGCGCGAACACACAGCCAACAGCUUCGCGUCUUUCGGGUCUGACUUCGAUAUCGAAAACGAAGCGAUUGCUUCCACCAGAGAAUUCGAAAACAGCCCUCGACUACCGGAUAUGAAAGGUGUUUCAAGAAAGCAACACGUCGAGCAGGAAGAUGAUGAGCCAGAUUACGUCUUUAACACCUCCACAUUCGAACAAUACCUCCCACACUUCUCGCCAGUAGGAACAUCGGAGGAAGAAGGAGACAAUGAUAUGGACGACGAUGAGAUUUCCAUUGAGGCAGGGCGUGGGCAGUCGAAACCGCCGCGUCGGUUAGAUGACUCGCGAAAUUCGUAUAUGAGCCUUGAGAACAGCGUCCGCUCCUCAUCUCCCGCCGUGAGACUUGAUUAUCCUACCUCAAAUACACCCCAGAAGUCAGCCAUGCGUAACCCAUCACGAAGGGCUGUGAGUGAGAAUCUCCGAAAAGACGCGCAGCUACGACACGCAAGCCUCGCACACAAGGAAAACAUGGACCCCAUCCUUUCCAAGCCUAGCCGCAAGGAACAGCGCCGGACUCUGUCCGAGCUCCAUGCCAAAGUCCGCGAUUCUUAUGAUGGUUCAUUGCUGGAAGACGAUCGACCGCCUGCCGUUGCCAGCAACAACGCGCGACCGACACGCUUUGGAAACGUGAAUCUGUCCCACCAAAUCGCCGAUGCUGUCGAAAGGGCAUCCCAGGAGGCAUAUGCGAAAGAGAUUCGCCGGACAAGGGCCCGUGCCGCUGCCAAUGCCACGGGUGAUACGGGUACGCAGCAGUCCUUUCUCCUUCCGGACCUCCCCAAUCUGUCCGACCUGGUUUCUGGUGUUUACGAGGAUGGAACCCCUGUGUAUACCCGCCAAACCAGAGCGAGGACGACACGGUUUGUCUCGCCUCCUGCUGAUGCUACCGAUGCUUCUGUCACGCGCGAACACGUUCCACUUGAGGCAAUCCCAAUUCCAGAAGAUGAAAAGGCCUUAUUUGUAUCAUUGCGGCUCCUCCAGGACAAGGUUUUAGAACUCGAGCGGGCUAAGGCAGAUGCUGAAAAGAAACUGGAAGACAUGCGUCAAGAAAAUUCUUUUUUGAAAGGAGGAAAAUCCCGCCCAAAGGAUAAAAACAACCGCAGCAACAAACAUUAUGACCUGGACCAAGACAACUACAAGAAGGAUGGUUUCUUGCACGAGAAUCAGAAACUGGAAGCAACGAACUUGGCCCUUCAGAACAAGGUAGAUCUUCUCGAGCGAAAGACAGAAAUCCAGGAAGCAGCAUUAAAGAAGCUUAGCAAGGAGCGUGAUAUGGCUGUCUCCCAACUUGGCGUGGCUUACCUUGAGUCUCAAGACCUCAAGAGCGAGAAUGAAAGUCUACGGGAGGAACUCGUGGAUCUAAAAGCGCAGUUUGCUAGACUUUUCCCGGCAGCUUCGAAGGAACGAGAAGAGACUCUCCAGUCGGGACAGGUCACUUCCAGUGAUGCUAGCACAGUAGACAGCCAGCUCGAUACACGGCAAAGCACCACCAAGGAAGUCACCACUAAAAGCACUCGCUCGAAAUCGAAGGCUAGCCGUCGGGAGGAUUCCAAGGCAAAGGUUUCCAACCAGGUUGAGAAAGAGAUUUCUCGGUUAGAGAAGGAACGUGCGGAGGAGGCAUUAUUCUCCAUUGAACUCCCGCGCCUAAGAGAAGCUGCAGCUACCAAGAAAGAUAAGAUUAGCAGCCGGUCACGAACUGUCAGCUCCCAAGCGAAGAAGCAGCCGAAUACCGGCAAGCAGCGUGUUAAGAGGGUUAUUGUCGAAGAAGUCGAAGUUACGCAGCCGGUUGAAUCCACUACGGAGGCCACUGGCAAUACUUGCAAGUCGUCUGCCACAGAGCAUGACCUAACCUUGCUAAGCUUUAUCGAUGAACGUGAGAUUGCGCAGCUGAGGAAGACUUUAGAAGAGGAACGGCUGGCACGGAAACGGCGUCAAUCGAACCCAACCAUUGACACCAGUGCCAAUGAGACGGACCACAUGACUCGUCAAAGUGCGCUGAAACCCGCGCCUCGAAAAUCGUCCUUGAAGGAGAGCAGGGGGCCAGUGUCUCGACCGGCAUCUGCAAUGGGUGACUUGACGGCAACCUCCAAGGUUACAGCCACCGAAGCGGAUAAUAGUACUGUGUCGGUUCCUGCCGACCGUCCAAGACGGCACUCGGACCAUUCUGUCACGUCUGUGGCUCAACGACGCCGGCGUAGGAUUGUCGAGGAGAUGACCUCUGCGUUUAUCCUUCCAGAUAUCACAUUACGGCACCCUGGUUUGCCAGACAAUCUGAACAAACUUCCCGAGACCACCCAGCGAGCACUCGACCGCGCAACACAGCAUAGCGGCAAGAACUGUACGGUCUGCAAACGUUCAAUUCCUGGGGACGCUUGUGAUCACACUCGGGAGUCCAUUAAGGUGCCCAAACCGGUCCCCGUUUCGGAGCGGAUGCCCGAGCCGUCUAUCUACAAUGAAGACCCUACGUUGCGCCCAGCCCAGCCACCAGCGGUUGCUCUGGCCACGGUUCUGAAGGCGCUGGAGGAUGAACUGGCGCACUUGAAAAUCCAGCUCGUUUCCUACCAAGGCGCGUACAAUAAGCUAGAUGCCUCGCUCAGUAAACGCCAGAGGAAAUCACUUGGGGAGAAGAUUGAGAGGUUAUUGAAGGAUAUCGACAUGAAAGCCGAUCAAAUCUAUGCGCUCUAUGAUGUCCUCGAAGGACAGAAGCACAGCGUGCAUGAGAUGACCGAGCAAGAGAUGGAAGUCACUCUUCAGUCGAUUGGCAUUGAUACUGGGGCCGGGAUGCUUGCUGACAUGACGGCCACGACACAUAAGUCCUCGCACAAGAAUGAUACCGACUACGAUGUGAAUGGGGAGGAGGAGGGGGAGGAGGAGGAGGAGGAGGAGGAGGAGCUUCCAUGGGAGGGAAUUGAGAGUACGAUGGAGUCUCUUUUGUUUAUUCACCACCGAUUAUCAUCUCCUACAGAGAUACCUCUAUUGAUGGGCUUCAGUCAACAGCAUGACCCCAACCUUCACCGCACACACGAUGUAGAUUCUAGACCCUGGCACAGCUCCUCCCCCAGCGCUAACCACCAUCACCACGACUAUGAUCCUGAUCGUGACGACGACAACGACGAUGACGCCAGGAGCGUCCAAACCGCCAUUCACGACCGCGACUCCUCCCCCCGAUUUAUCGGACGGCGCUUGUCCAUCUCCGAUGGCGAUAACGAUAGUGACAUCCAAAGCGACUACGACGACCCCGUCGAAGCGCUGAAUGAAAAACCGGUCACCUGGGCCUCUCUCCCCAAGAGAAGCCAGCUCAUAAUCCUGACUGUGGCUCGUCUAUCCGAGCCUCUAGCUCAAACCUCGCUUCAAGCGUACCUCUUCCACCAGCUUAGGUCCUUUGAUCCCUCACUCCCGGACUCCGAGAUUUCGACGCAGGCCGGUAUUCUGCAAGGGAGCUUUACUGCAGCGCAGUUCCUGACUGCAGUUCUGUGGGGUCGAUUGGCGGAUUCGGCGUGGAUGGGUCGCAAACGAGUACUUUUGAUCGGGUUGCUGGGGACUUGCAUUUCGAGUCUGGGAUUUGGGGUUUCAAAGUCUUUUGCUGCGGCUAUGGUGUUUCGUAUAUUAGGUGGGGUGUUGAAUAGUAACGUGGGAGUUAUGAGGACGAUGAUUUCGGAAAUCAUUGAGGAGAAGAAGUACCAAUCCCGCGCGUUUCUUCUCCUGCCCAUGUGCUUUAACAUUGGCGUGAUCAUCGGCCCCAUCAUUGGCGGAAUGUUAGCGAACCCGGUGAAGAAUUAUCCUCAUCUUUUUGGACCCGGGUCGAUCCUCGGUGGUAAGGACGGUGUGUGGUGGAUGCAGCAGUGGCCAUUCCUUCUUCCUAAUCUGAUUAGCGCACUGUUCAUCUUUACCUCGUGGAUGGCCGUGUUUCUAGGACUUGAUGAGACACAUGAAAUCGCACAGCACCGAAGCGACUGGGGACGCAACAUUGGACGCCGCCUCGUAAACUGUAUCCGCCGAAGACGGCGACAUCACCAUUAUCAACGCUUAGUGAAUCAGGACGAUAACCAAUCCCUAUACCUCGGGGAGAGUGUGGGCGGCGGAUCUGCCCCCUCUAGUCCGACUCGCACACGAUUCCACCAACCCUCGCAGAAACGCCUAGGCUUUCGACAAAUCUGGACCUCAAAUGUUCUCUUGACCCUCCUGGUUCAGUUUCUUCUAGCAUUCCACACGAGCGCCUUUAACUCCAUGACCUUCAUAUUUCUACCCACCCCCAGAGCCCCGGAAGGGAGCCAUCAGGGGUUCUUCCGCUUUAGCGGUGGCCUUGGCCUGCCUUCUUCUCGAGUCGGUCUAGCGACAGCGAUCAUUGGAUUCAUCGGACUGCCACUUCAAAUCUUUGUGUACCCCAAGAUACAGUCACACCUGGGAACUUUGGCGUCCUUCCGCACAUUCUUACCGUUCUCCCCUAUUGCAUACGCCUUAAUGCCGUUCCUUGUGUUGAUUCCGAACCACCCAUGGCUUGUCUGGCCCGCGUUCACGGCAGUCGUUGGGCUCCAGGUCAUCUCCCGCACGUUCGCCUUACCUGCCGCCGUCAUUUUGGUUAACAAUUGCGUAACUGAUCCUUCCAUCCUGGGAACUAUCCACGGGGUAGCCCAGAGCAUCUCAAGCGGAGCACGAACCCUCGGGCCCUUCAUCGGAGGCUGGGGCUUGGGCCUGGGGCUGGAGUACAACCUCAUUGGUGGGAUCUGGUGGGCUUUGGCGCUGGAAGCGUUGGUGGGUUGGUUCCUUCUAGGAACGAUAUACGAGGGUCGGGGUAUUGAGAGACGAAAGAAGGAUCUCGAGGAGGAUGUGGAAGAGCCCCAGGAGGGCCGUUGA